UGUUUUGCGAUAAUGCGACCGUCCGGGCGAAUGGAAAACAAGAAGCAAAGCAAGGGAGCUUCGAGGGGAAGUCGACGCCGAUCAAUCAAUACUUCUAAUAGCAACACCAGCGCCCGUCACGCAUUCAGCCCAUGCUCGUAUUCGUCAAGUGGCACUGAAAUUCGGAAAGUAGCAAUCUCUGUCUCAUCGAAUUCAACAACCGAGCUUCCGUGUGCUCAAUCGCCGAACGUUGGAUCACGUACCAGUGACAGUCAUCAGCUCACUCUUGGAUCGGAUCUUCGUUCAGAACCCAAUAAUUUGAAUAUCGCUGCGACGUUAGCUGAGCCAAAUAUCGCGGAGCAUUUCAAAGGUGUGCUCACCAAGAAGGAAGCGGCAAAUUUGACACGUCGGGAUGACUUUACGAUGUACUAUCGUGUCGUAAAGGAUCAGGCCAAAGUGGAAUUGGAGACUACGAUUCCUUUAUUCAUUUGCUAUAGAAACUCGGAGAAUAAAGUGUUCAGCUUUCGCGUGGAGCAAGUGCUCACUGAGAAUAACAGUAUGUGGUGGACUGUGAUGAUUAACAAGCAGCACACUCAAAUGUUUCGUCGCCUAUUGGACCUGGUUCGCUGCUAUCACUCGUAUCGUUUUAUCAAUCCUGAAACUAGAAGUCAAGAGAUGUUCCCAAUCUGGAAAUAUACCAACCAAGCAUCGAUGAACCCGUGAUCACCAGUCGACAAUGAAGAACAAAAGGAAAUUCAAAUCUUUGUUUUUUUGAGAAAUAAAGUUUUUAGAGUG